GGCGAGGACCCCUUCACUACCAGCGUGUCCCAUUCCAUGGAAGUCGUAAAAGAAGGUGCGCCAAUCGCCUUCUGAGCUUCCUCAUCACAAAAGUUGUCCCGCGGCAACUUUGCAUAACGCGAUCGAUGCCGCCGCUGCCGAGCCGCCAUUUUCCGCAGCCGGCGCCUUGGUUUCGAACCAGCACCAGACCCCGCCCCAAGUGGAUUUCUGCUUCCUCAUUGGACAUCUGGGCGCGCGCUUGUUCCUUGGACGCGCUUCACACGCGCCUCUGCGCCUUUGUGUAUUGGUGAGAGACUGGAAGGAGCGUGCGUCUUUGGGGGCACGCAGUCAGCCUUUCUAUUGGUCAACUCAGGAAACUCCGCCUUCGAAACCUUUUUAACCAAUGGAAGUGCAGCAUUUUUUAUUUAAACUGUCUAUGAAUUUUUGCUUGCUCAACGCCAAGAGUGGCGCCAGAGAUUUGAACGGCGCUUCUGAGAGUGGUGGACUGAGGCUCUGCGUGGGUCGCCUGGAUUGCAGAUCGCGAUGACCGUCCCCUCCCUAGAGGAGCUGGACUCCUUCAAGUACAGUGACCUGCAGAACUUGGCCAAGAGGCUUGGCCUCCGGGCUAACCUGAGGGCAGACAAGUUGCUAAAAGCUUUGAAAGCCCAUCUUAAACAAGAAGCAAAAAAAGAAAAUGAGAAUCAGGAUGAAAGUCAAACUUCUACAUCCUCUUGUGAUGAGACUGAGAUGCAGAUUACCAUUCAAGAUCAAACUGAGAGGAAGACAGUUGACCAUACCGGCAAAACACGGAAAAGACGCAAGACGUUCCACGGGCACCCUGACUCCAAGGAUCAUUCAGAGAUGAAAAUAAGUGAUCCCACCACAUUUCAGAAUCAGGAGCAGGAGGAAAACCAGAAUCUCAAAACAGUUGCGGAAGCUCCUCCAGAUGAGAGCCAAGGAGAUGAGAAUGGAGUUUCCAAGAAAAAAAGCGAAAUAAAUGAUUUAGGUAAUGAAGAUUCAAAGAUACCUUCAGAAAGAAAAACAUCUCUCUACAUAGAUGGUUUUUCCAAACCUAGAAAAAAUAAAAAAACUGGAAGCAAUACUCCAAACUUUAAGAAGCUUCAUGAGGCUCGUUUUAAGGAAAUGGAAUCCAUUGAUCAAUAUAUUGAGAGAAAAAAGAAACAUUUUGAAGAACACAACACUUCAUUUUAUGAACUAAAGAAGCAGCCUGUUAGAGGAGUGAUCGUGACCCCAGUCCCUCCAAGAGAAAGGCCUUCUGUGGCUUACACUCCUGCCAGCCAGCGGCGCUCGCAGCGUGGGUCCCACGGCACUGCAGGGCGGAGCAUCUUGGGUCCGAGGCGGUCAGAAAAGCCCUCUACUCUCUCAGCCACAAAAAUGAACGUAAGGUUUUCAGCUGCUACUGCAGAUAACGAGCAUAAACGUUCACUGACCAAGACUCCAGCCAGAAAGUCUCCACAUGUGAUCAUAUCUGGGAUUACCCCAAAAGGCCAGGCUGUGCUCAGAACACACACGUUAAAGAACACUAUGGGUGGUUCAGCUGCUGUCAUUACCCCACUCAGGUUGACAGCUGAGGUAGUGCAGACUCCCGGCUCCAGUAAGAAACCAGUAUUUGACCUCAAAGCAAGCUUGUCUCGUCCCCUCAACUAUGUGCCACACAAAGGAAAGCUGAAACCAUGGGGGCAAUCUAAAGAAAAUAAUUCUCUGAAUGAACGUGUGAAUAGAGUUAGUUUCCACAAGAAGACUUACAAACAACCUCGUCUCCAAACCAGGGAAGAGCAACGGAAGAAGCACGAACAAGAACGAAAGGAGAAGAAAGCAAAAGUUUUGGGAGCUCGAAGAGGCCUCCUUGGGGCUGCAGAUUAAUGAUGUUUUAACAUCCUGUAAAUACUCUUCUCUGGGGAACUUUUUUUUCUUUUGUAAAUAUUUUUGUGUCCUCCCCCGAGUCAAAAGACCUUUUUCUAUUCUUAACUUUGUUUAUAAUAUAUGUAGUGUCUGUGGGCUCUUCACCUGCCACAUCUCUGAAAAGACAUUAUAGCCUUAAAGCUAACAAGUUCUUCUUGCAAAUGGUCUUUACCUAAGUCCUGGUACACCUCAGUUUUCUAAUAAGAUCUAUCCUAUAGAUUCUUGACCUAGAUUUUUUAAUGUCAAGGUCCCUCUGCUGGUUCUAAUAUUAACAAAAUGCACUCCUCUUCUAGGCAAAAGCAUUUACCUAAUGUCAGCUAAUUAUACCACAAGCUUCAGUAGACAUUUAACAAGUUAAAUAGGGGAAGGUGGGAUAGAAAAGCCACCUCUUCAUCAUCUAAUCUAGACUGUAGUAAUCUUAAUGAAACUGUGGGCCAUAUGAUUUGGUUAUGGCAUGAAUAUUUUGCCUAUGUGAAAAAUGUGUUUUGUUUCAGCUUAUGCACACCUUUGUUUGGAUUGCUUCAUGUAAUUGCUCUCAGUCACUCACUGUAUUCUUAAAACAAAGCUCUAUAGCUCAUUCUUGCCUUGAUUAUUUAACAAUAAAAGAUGCAGGACCAUAUGGAAAUUAGAGGAUUGCUGCUUUAAGGAUUACUAUGCUCUGUCAAACUAGCUUCUUAUUCACUUUAUGUAGAAGACUACAGUUGCUUAGCAUCAUAUUCAUGUUUGUUGCACCUAAAUGGAGCUUCUGAGUUUUGUAUUGCUUAUGAUUUUCAUAAAUAAAAUU